AUUCAUAGUUUUUAUUGUAAUUUUAUGUUUCUAUGGUAACAAAAUUUUUAUUGUAAUAACAAGAUGGCUACGCAAGAUGUCGACCAGUUGAAUAAACCCUUAAUUCAAGAGUAUGAACGUAUCAUCAAUGAUCUGAAACAGCAAAUUCAACAGUACAAAGCUGAUUCAGUGUCACUGAAGCAAGAUGUUCAAACAGUUACAGAUGAAAAUGAAAGGUUACAUGAGGAUUUACUAAGAGCUUACCAACACAUAGGCUCACCUAGUAUUGAUCUACUAAAAGUAGAUAAGCAAGAUGGUACUAGAUUGUUGAAGCAAUCAAGUAUUGAAUUAAAGGUUGCAGAGAAAGCAGACCAGGAAGCUUCAGUAUCACAAUAUAAAAGUAGCUUGGCUAUGUACAAGAAGGAACUUAGUACAACUCAACAAUCACUCACUGAGUUACAAGAGUCAUAUGACAAGCUACAACUAGAAUAUCAAAGAUCUGUUAGGACAGCAAAAAAUUUUUAUUCAGAGUUGACAACUCUACGUGAAGAGCAAAGUCUAUGUAAGGACCAGCUAAACCAAGCUAACCAGAAGAACUCUGAGCUGGUGUCCCUGCUAGACAGCACUAGAGAUCAACUGAAGAGGAAGAUUACUGAAAUGAAUGCUAUUUGUAUAAAGGAGAGUUCAUCUGACCAAAGAGUAUCAGUACUUCAAGCAGCAAAUGGUGAACUUGAAUCAAGGCUUGCUGUGAUUGAAAAUGAAUGCUCUAAACUUAGUGAUUAUAAAGCACUGCUCGAGGCUAAGCUUUCUUCUUUGCAAGAAACUAUAAAUGCUUUUGAAUCAAGAGAGCAUGUGGCUGUUGAUCAUGUCAAAGAAAGUAUGCAAUUGCUGGAAGCAGCUUUAGCUGAAAAAGAUCAGUCUGAUAUUAAAGAACAGCACUAUGUGUCUGAAAUAAGACAUUUGGAAAAGAAAGUAUCUAUUUUAUUGGAAGAAGUUGGUGCUCGGACAAAAUUAGAGGUUGACAAAGUAAGGGCAGAAUGUAACAAAAAUAUUGACAUAAUGGCUUCAGAAAUUGAGCACCUUGAGAAACAAUGUGCAAAAAAGCAAUCUCAUAUUGAGAAACUCCAAAGAGAUAAGGAAGAACUUAAUGAAGAGCUGAAGAAAGUUACUAUGCAGUGUCCUGAAGAGCAAUUAUGGGUAAAGGAGACACUAAAAGAAAUCAGGAGUAAACUUUUGCAAUCUGAGAGGAGCAAGCAUGAAGCAAUAUCAGAGCUAAAUGCUACAAAGCGUAUCAAUUCAAACCUUCAGAAAAGUCUAUUAGAUGAGCAAAGGAAGAGUGCAUACUUUGAAGAAGGUCUUAAAGAGCAACGGCAACUAAAUUGCAGUGAUUCACAACAGUUUCGUCAGGAAAUAAAUUUACUGACCGAAACUAACAAAGCUUUACAGGAACAAAUAAGUCAAAUGUCUGAUUGUAUGCAACUAUCUGUAAAAGAAUCUGAACAAAAGGUUAAUCUAGCUCAUGAAGAAUUACAAAUUAAGGAAAAAGAAUUGUCCAUGAGAUUAAAAUAUGCUGAAGAAAAUCAACAAAGAAUGACAUCUGAAUUCAAGCAGCAAAUGCUGAUGCACCAGCAAUCAACCAACAAGUGGCAAAAAGAAAUCAGUGAUUUGCAUUCCAAGUUUGAGAAGGCCCUUCUUGAUAUGAACACUAAAUUGAUGGAUUCCAAAGCAAAGAACAAAGAGCUUAACUCAAAACUUCAUCGAUUAUUGUCUAGUAGUAAAUCUGUCAAUUUAACUCUUGUUGAACAUGAGAAAACAAUAUCAUCUUUAAAUGAUAAACUAUAUGAAGCAGAAUCAUCAGCUGAACAAAGAAGACGGCAAAUAUCACUAUUAGUUACCAGAGAGAAGAAGGCCUUAAAGGAAAAAGAGGAAUUAAGUAGACAGCUGCACAAAGCAAAGUUUCAAAUGGCUCAAAGUUUGAAUGUUGCUAAUGUCAGUUUUCUUGGAACAGAUGCACAGUUGUACGGAGACAAAGUUGCAGAAUUUUAUAGUCAAAGCCAUGAUGACUUAAGCAUUUCAUCUGCAAAAACCAUUGAUGCUUAGAAACUAAUUAUGUUGUUACUAUCACUAAUUACAUGUAUGUAAUAGAAAUUCUUUGUUUUUCUAAGUAUGAAUUUUAUUACGUAGGGAAAGGCGUAAAAUUGCCUACUAUUGUCUAUUAA